UUCUUCUUCGAACUACCGCGGAUUCGUGUCCAACUGUCCACACUGUGCAGCGCCAAGGUCCUGGACAGGCCAAAAGCCAUCGCCGGCGGCAGUCUCGUUCGUAUCCGUGGGCUUAAUUUUCUUUUCUGUUGGAAAGUCAAGCUCACAUCACUGUGUUUUACACGGCACGCGCCCUCCCGGGCUCUCCGUCUCGCGACGCCACGACGCCCCCCGCGGCCAAGCCAGUCUGCAGUUCUGCACCACGCGGCGGCUCCACGCAGCACCGCCCGCGACCCCGAGCUACGCCGAACCUGCGAGAAACCCCCCGGCAAAAACCCGGCGAUUUCGGUGCACCGCGCACGUUGCACCUCGUUCCCGCCACCCUGCACGCCAUGGCCGGGGCCAUUCUCCGCCGCCUUACCCCGACCGCCGCCACCAGCCCGCGCGUGGCGCCGCUACUACCCCUGCUCGUCGCCCGGGGUGUCUCCGACUCCACGGACGCGAUCACCGUGGAGACCUCGGUCCCCUUCAAGUCCCACAUCGUGGACGCGCCGUCGCGCGAGGCGACCACCACGGCGAGGGAGCUGCUAUCUUUCUUCCGCGACAUGUCGCUGAUGCGUCGCGCCGAGAUCGCGGCGGACUCGCUGUACAAGGCGAAGCUCAUCCGGGGCUUCUGCCACCUCUACGACGGGCAGGAGGCGGUGGCCGUGGGCAUGGAGGCCGCCAUCACGCGCGCCGACGCCAUCAUCACGGCCUACCGCGACCACUGCGCCUACCUCGCGCGGGGUGGGGACCUCGUCGCCGCCUUCGCCGAGCUCAUGGGCCGCCGGGACGGAUGCUCCAGGGGCAAGGGAGGCUCCAUGCACUUCUACAAGCGCGACGCCAACUUCUUCGGCGGCCAUGGCAUCGUCGGCGCGCAGGUGCCGCUUGGCUGCGGCAUCGCCUUCGCGCAGAGGUACAGGAAGGAAGGCACCGUCACGUUUGACCUCUACGGCGACGGCGCCGCCAACCAGGGACAGCUCUUCGAGGCGCUUAACAUGGCCGCGCUCUGGAAGCUGCCUGUCGUAUUGGUCUGCGAGAACAACCACUAUGGGAUGGGGACGGCAGAGUGGAGGGCCUCCAAGAGCCCGGCUUACUACAAGCGCGGGGACUAUGUGCCUGGGUUAAAGGUAGAUGGAAUGGAUGUUCUUGCUGUGAAGCAAGCUUGCAAAUUUGCCAAAGAACAUGUACUUGAAAAUGGACCAAUUAUCCUUGAGAUGGACACCUAUAGAUACCAUGGUCACUCUAUGUCAGAUCCAGGUAGCACCUACCGCACUAGGAAUGAGAUUGCUGGGAUAAGACAGGAGCGUGAUCCAAUCGAAAGGGUUAGGAAGCUCAUAUUGGCCCAUGAAUUUGCAACGGCCCAAGAGCUAAAGGACAUGGAAAAGGAGAUAAGGAAGCAAGUUGACGCUGCCAUUGCUAAAGCGAAGGAGAGUCCAAUGCCUGACCCAUCUGAGCUUUUCACAAAUGUUUAUGUCAAUGACUGCGGUUUGGAGUCCUUUGGUGUAGACAGGAAGGUGGUGAGGACCGUUCUUCCGUAGGCUGGCAAACAAGAGCAGCAGUACAGUAGUAUGGUCUGUAUUGUGUACACGUACCGAGGAGCUUGCACUACUGAUACAGGACAGGCGAAGGGAUCCUCUGUUGCCGUACGCAUUCCUUUCUCUGGUAGGAAUAGUACGAAAUAAGUUUGUUCGUAUGUAUAUUGAUGAUGCAUCAAGUGCUGGAUUCGGUUUUCCGCAUCACAAUCACGGGUUAUACUUUCCUCUGCUUGUUUGAGCUAUGAUGAUGUGCAGCCGAAAUUUUAUCAGGUGACCCAUGCCAUGCAGAUUUUUCUCAGGUGAGCUAUUGCAAUACUUGCACAGAUUCCGUUUCCCUGCACAGUCCCACCAUGUAAACAGUAGUUCGCUGCAUUGUCUAGGCGGCAGCUAAUAGCUUUUUAUUUGUUGAGAA